AUGGGAGAACAAGAGUGUAGCACGAACCAAGUCAUAUGCCACCCUCCCCAGUCGGCACCUGCUCUCCCUCCCUGUUCCUCGCCUCGCGUCAAGGGAGCGUGGCGCGGUGGUGGCACUGUGGGUGACCAACAGGGAGAGGCUGAGAAGGUUCGUGGAAAGAGAGCUGCUGCCCGCAUGGGGCGCGCGGCACGUGUCGACGUGCUCGCCUCUCUCGCUCCUCCCUCCCUCGUCUCCCCCCUCGCCUGCUCGCACCACCGCCCCUACGAAGUGCUGCUGCUGGCUCUCAUCCCUCCCAGCACCAGCGAUUCACAGCUGGUCUUCACCUCAAAGGCUGCUCUUCACCUUAACGCGCCCCAAGAAGAAUUCCUAGAAAAGCAAGAGUGUGGCAAGGUGGUGGGGGUAGACGGGAGGAUGGGGGAGGGGGAAGGGAGGAGAGGAGAAGGGGAGGGGAGGAGAGGUGGAGACGAGGGGAGUUGCGAGGUGAGGAAGGACAGGAGGGAGAGGGUGAUGGGGGAUGUGGCAGUGGGGAUGGAAAGGGGGGUUUGUUGGGAAAGGGAGGGGGAGAAGGAAGGGGAGAGAGAAAGAGAGAGUUCGGGUGGCAAAAGUCUUGGUACGAGUAGAGAUGGAGGGGAAGGGAAGAGUAGGGGGAUGCUGUGGUUCCGUCCACGUUCUGCUGUUGAUGCAUGUGUGGAUGGAUCCCAAGGGAGGAGUCGGGGGGUUAGCGAGAGAGGGAAUGGUCGAGGAGGGGAAUGUGGAGGAGGAGAGAAGGGAGGUGCUGAGAAGGAACGGCAGGGGGGGGCUGUGGAUGGGGUUGAGAAUGGCCGUUCGGGUCCCGUCGAUACGGACACAGAUACGCAUAUGGGCUCACGCACGGGUGUAAGCGAUGGCAUGGGUUUGGGCAUGGGCAUGGGUAUGAAUGCGAGUGGGGUCACUGGUCCCAUGGAAGCAGAGUUGCUGCGGCAGACGCUACUAGAUGGCCUUGUUCUGUUCAGUGUGCCAGGAGAACAUUCGAGAAAGGUUCCUCUGAGAGGCCUUCUUGUUGCCAUCACCGCGUCCCUUUUGAACCUCGCUUCACCGCACCAAACAGCACUUCCUGCUGCACACUUUGCCCAUGCACACGCUCUGCGGCAUGCCAGGAAGAGCCCUGGUUGCUGGGACAGUGGAAAGGAGAGCGAGGAGAGAGAGGAGGUGGGGGAGGAGAGGGAGGAGAGAGAGGAGGGGGGGGAGGCGAUAGAGGAGGAGGAGGAGGAGAAGGAGGAGGAGGAGAAGGAGGAGGAGGAGAAGGAGGAGGAGGUGGGGGAGGAGAGGGAGGAGAGCGGGGAGGAGGAGAGGAGGGGGGAGGUGAGGGCAGUGGAGCUGUUUGCACGAGACAUGGAGGCAGGAUGGACAUCAUGGGGCAACGAGCCCCUUCGGUUCCAGCACCACCAAUACUUCCACACCCGAGUGUGA